AAACUUAGGGAUAACAAUAAGGGACAUAGCCUCAGCCUUUUCCUGUGUUUAGCCUGUUUUCUGCACUUCAGUAGCUCGAGUGUUUCAACGCCUUAGGCAGCCUCGCCUGUUUUUGACAAAGCCAUGAGCAUUAUACAGCUUGUAGUCACUCUCUGGCACACCUUUCCAGCCUUAUCAGCGAGGGCGUGUCCCAAACCAGGGCACUCCGACAGCAAUCACCUGAGCUCACUACGCCACUACAGGAGGAGGAAAAUGGGUAAAGCAGGUGGACGUGGGGACUUUGAAUGGGUUUACGACGAGCAGCCGCACACAUGGAGAAGAAGGGAAAUUUUAGCAAAGUAUCCGCAGAUCAAGACUUUGAUGGGUCCCGACCCCCAGCUGAAGUGGGUUGUGUCUGGAAUGGUACUCACUCAAUUCGUGGCAUGUUACCUAAUCCAUGAGUUGUCUUGGAAGUGGGUGUUUUUCUGGGCAUAUGCCUUUGGUGGCUGUAUAAACCACUCCUUGACCCUGGCGAUCCAUGACAUCUCACACAACAUCGCAUUCGGGAACAAGCAAGUGCGCUGGAACCGGUGGUUCGCCAUGUUCGCCAAUCUGCCCAUCGGCCUACCUUACUCGGCCUCCUUCAAGAAAUACCACAUCGACCACCACCGCUACCUUGGAGGGGAUGGCCUGGAUGUGGACAUCCCUACAGACCUGGAAGGCUGGUUCUUCUGCACACCUGCAAGGAAGAUGCUUUGGCUCUUCCUCCAGCCCUUCUUCUAUGCACUGCGGCCUCUGGUGGUGAACCCAAAACCUGUGACCAGACUGGAGAUGAUGAAUGCAGCCAUGCAGUUCGCAGCAGACAUUCUUAUCUACUAUAUCUGGGGACUCAAACCAAUUGUGUACCUUAUCUCUGGGUCCAUACUGUGCAUGGGCCUGCAUCCCAUCUCUGGACACUUCAUUGCUGAGCAUUACAUGUUCCUGAAGGGCCAUGAGACCUACUCGUACUAUGGCCCUCUGAACUUAAUCACUUUCAAUGUGGGAUACCAUAUGGAGCAUCACGAUUUCCCCAGCAUCCCUGGUAGCAAGUUACCUGAGGUGAAGAAAAUAGCAGCAGAGUAUUAUGAUUCACUACCGCAACACACCUCCUGGAUACGGGUGCUCUGGGACUUUGUGUUUGACGACAGCAUUGGCCCCUAUGCCAGAAUCAAAAGAGAAUACAAACUGGCCAAACAGGAAUAAGUUGUACUGUGAGUGCAUUAUUCUCACAGAGCCGCUAUUUAAAACGGAAAAGAAGAACAGCUUGACAGGCCUGCUGAACCAGUAGAAACACGUGUUUAAAACUUUUUUCACUUACAACUGCAGCAGGGAAACGGGUUUAGAGUUCACAUGAACUGGAUGUUCAGUUCCACUAAGUUGAGUUUUCAACUAAUCUUGGGCAGAAGCAACGGAUGCUGAGAUGAAAAAUGUUUUUGUGCUAACCAGCCACUAAAAUGUCUUUUCAUCUGUGAAAAAAGCAUACUGUCCUUUGGACAUAUAGAAUAUUUUAUAAGAGGCUGUAAUUCUAAAGCUAUUGUAAUCUGUGAUUAAUCACAAAUUUGAAUAAUAAUCUGAGUCAUGAACUGUAAGUGACAGUGUGAAUCACCCUGGAUACUUUACAAUGCAAUGGCUAAAUUAAAACAAGCAUUCCUUAAGUAGUUGAAGCAUAAGAAUAUAAAGUGUUGUGUUUUUAUUAACAUAUGUGGGAUUCUAAGUUUGAAAAAAAAAAAAAUACUGUUUCAUAAUGACCCAUACUUUUCAAAGCUGGGUAUGGUCAAAUCUUAUUUCAAAGCAAGCAUCCACACAUUCCAUAUUGCGCAUAUGAAUCAAUUUCAUCUAUCUGUACGAUCGAAGUUGUAAUUUGAGUGUAAUAUUUACACAACUUAAAGAAUGCUUUAUUUGCAGUUAAUUGAGUAUAAUCUAUAACAAGCUAUAGUAAGCAGACUAUAAUAAGUGCAGUGCUCAUACUAAAACAUAGGUAAUGGGCUUUAGUGCCAGCAUGUAAUUUGUAAAUGUGAAUCAGAAUACUCAGAGAUGGCUCUUUAUAAGCUCAUUAGUCCUUCAGUUAAGUAAUAUGUGUAUUUGCAGACAUAAAAACACCAUGAAGUGCUUGGUGAAGUGGGGUUUGAGGUUAUAAUAUCAUUUCGGAUCAACAAACAUGGCAGCCAGGCCUUUUAUUCAUUUUGGUAGUCUGAUUUUCAGUGCUUCAUUGAUUUCUUUCAGCAUUUAAACAAAUUGAAAUCUUUCAGCAUCUGUUCAAGAGGGAAACUUGGCUCACUUAUCGCUUAUUUAUAAAUAAAGCUUUAAUAAAAUUUG